AUGAGUAAAGUACGACCAUUGAAUGCUAAUCAAAUUCCUGAUGAAUUAUUAAAUGAUAAAGAACUUAAUUUACAAAUAAAACAAUUACCUGAAAAUUAUAAUUUUGAAAUACAUAAAACAAUAUGGAGAAUUAAAACAAUUAAAGCGAAACGAGUCGCAAUGCAAAUGCCCGAAGGUUUAUUUGUAUUUGCUUGUACUAUUGCUGAUAUACUUAAAGCUCAUACAAAUGUUGAUGUUGUUAUUAUGGGUGAUGUUGCUUAUGGUGCAUGUUGUAUUGAUGAUUAUGGUGCUCGAGCAUUGAAAUGUGAUUUAUUAAUACAUUAUGGACAUAGUUGUCUUGUUCCAAUUGAUGAAACACCUGGUAUAAGUAUUCUAUAUAUAUUUGUUGACAUUCAAGUUAAUGUUCAACAUAUAAUCGAUACACUCAAACAUCAUUUUACAUCUGAGAGUAAAUUAGCACUUGUUAGUACAAUACAAUUUGUUCGAACAUUACAAAUUAUAAAAGAACAAUUAAAAGAUCAUGUUGCUGAUGUUAUAAUGCCACAAACAAAACCUUUAUCACCAGGUGAAAUUCUCGGUUGUACAUCGCCAAUUAUUCCUGAUUCUUAUUCAAUUUUAUAUAUUGGUGAUGGAAGAUUUCAUAUCGAAUCAAUUAUGAUUCAUAAUCCGAAUGCAUCCGCAUAUAAAUAUGAUCCAUAUUCAAAAGAAUUUACACGAGAAUAUUAUGAUAUAAAAUCUAUGCAUACAAUACGUCAAAGUGAAAUUAGUAAAGCAGCAAAUGGUCAAGUUUGGGGUUUAGUAUUAGGUUCACUUGGACGACAAGGUUCACCGAAAGUUUUACAAACGAUCAAACAACGUUUGAAAUCCAAUGGAAAAAGUUUUAUUCAAGUUAUUAUGCCUGAAUUAAUGCCGGAUAAAUUAAAAUUAUUCAAAAAUGUCGAUGUUUGGAUUCAAACAUCAUGUCCACGUUUAUCUAUCGAUUGGGGUGCUGGAUUUCAAACACCAAUUCUAACACCCUAUGAAGCUAUGGUUGCACUUCGUCAAAUUGAAUGGCAAAAUCGUUAUCCAAUGGACUUUUAUUCACAAAAUAGUCUUGGACCAUGGACACCGAAUAAUCUCGAACAUCGACCUGUAAAGCAAAGUCGCCGAAAAAUUGAUGUAGCUUAUGAAAAUAAAACAUGUUCUUCAUGUGAUGAAAAUUGUUUAAAUAAAACUUAA